AUGGAGGGCACCCACAGUAGCUGGGAGCAGCUGUCACAGCACUACAAGCCGCCCUUGAUAAAGGGCCUGACACAGGGCCCCUGCCACCCCGCCACCAACCGCACCCUGCUGGCCCUCCGCCUGCGGGACUAUGCGGCGGCGGAGCGCCAGGCCUGCGCCGCGCUGGACGCCUCCCCGCAAAACCCCGGCCUCUACGACCUGCGCUGCGCCAUCCGCUUGUUCCGCAGGGACCAUGAGGGCGCGCUGGAAGACGCCAGGAGCACGACCUCCCUGGACCCCGGCGCGGGCCGCGCCUGGGCCUGCCUCGGCGCGGCCCAGCUCGGCCUGGGUCACCCGCGUGCCGCGCUUUCCGCCUUCCAGCACGCGCUGGCGCUGGAGCCGGGCGACCGACUUGCCGGCGAGGGGCGGGCGCUGGCGGAGACGGCGCUGCAGGCCCAGCCCGGCCGCCGCGAGGCCGUGCUGGAGUAG